AUGACACCACUGGCAGACCGAAGUGUCAACAAACAGAGUCGCAUACCAGUUGGUGGUCUCGAGUCCAGGAGUCGUAUCAACAACGAAAAUGUACCUCCAGCAUCUAACCGCUCACGUCUUCUGGUUCAUUCCAAGUCGUCAAUAAAUCUUACAAGAUCGUCGUCACCAACGCCGACCGCGCUUCCUGAUGGCACAAGGACAGCCUCAAGAACUUCAACUCGUGGGCACCUCAGUGCAGUCACUUCAGACGAAAGCUUGAAUGCAUCCUUUGCGCGACGGCAGUCGCUACAUCAACCCUCAAAAACGAUCCUGAGGGACAAAUUGAACUACAAUGCUUCUGGACCAUCUCCCCGGUCGACCUCCAAAUCACUCCGCCAAAGUAGCCAAAUUUCUCCGGCUACCAAGACGAAAACCACGGAGGCUCGACUCGCUGAAGCUGGGACUAGCCAUCUCGACAGAUCACUGUCCAAGACCCCUAGCACUCCACAGGAGCGCGAACAGAGAGCUCUCUCCCACGAGCGAUCGACCCCUCGCCGUGAAAAUCCAGCGCCGAACAGAACUCCAAGCACGAAGCUCAGAUCUUCCAGCAAGCUGCCACGCACAUCUGUUCACAACAGUCCUGUUAUCGUGUCUCCAAUCCUCGACUCUGUGUCUUCCAGCGUUGACUCGCCAUGUGUUGUCUCACCCGUCUCUUCGCUCAAGCUUGCUGGUCGAACGCACAAAGUGACUAGCUCUGCCGAUUUAAACAGGCACCCGCCGAGAUCCUCUUCGCUACAAACACCUGAACCUAGAAACCACGAUGUUGGUCUGGGAAUCGGAAUAUCUGCGGGAAAUGUUUUAUCUUCCGUAGACCAAGAACACAAGUACACGCCUGCUGCAUACAGUUUCUCGCGACCCAGAGCCCAACAGACGAUUCAGACAACGGCCAGUACUACUUCUCUCGCUGUACCACAACAUUCUGUCCGUGAAGAUUCGCAAAAGGUUAUCGCCGGGACUCCAUCAGCCAAGAGUACACCUUUGAUUGUGUGCAGUUCACCUAGUUUGACCUCAAGAUCGCCAGUUGCUGACGAGAUCUUGACAUUUGCUGGGCGACGCUUAGAAAAACCGGCAGAUCUCGCUACUCUGGAUCACGGCAGUGCUCGCUCGUCAAGACGCAAAGACCACUUCGUCGAAACAUCAUCUAAUGGAGGUUCUACUUCGGCUGUGCGUAACUUGCCACCAAGAGUUCCAUCUCCCUCAGAGCAGAGCAAACUGAGCCCCAUCAGACUGAUCUUCGGCGAUAAAGAUCGUGCCUCUGAGGAUGUUUUCGAGUAUACGAGAGUUAAACAACUCUCAGGGAGCUUAUUGUCUAGCUCGUUCGUUGGAUCGACACUGAGCAUUUCUGAAGAAGCCGAUGAACUCAUCUUUGGAGAAGGAGCUCGUACACCCUCAUGCAGAUCACAAACAAGUUUAACAGCUCCUACAGAGGCCGAAUUCGAUCUGCCGUCGCCCAGCGAGAACGGGUUCCGUGUUUCUUGGCCUGCGGACUUUGGUUUUAGCCCAACGGAGGUCCCGGACUCACCAACUGUGCAGAGUUCGCCUUCCGUACGACCCAAGGCUUUCUCAAAGAUUUCGGAGGAGAGCGAACAAUCGAUCACCGAACUCAGUACCAAGCCUUCCGACCGAGCUGGCGAUCACAACCCUGAGACUGUCAAAGACAGCGACAAAUCGGACUGUGGGAGCAAGAAGGAUAACAGCACCAUGCCUCCCUCAAGAUUCGAGGGUGCUUCUUCAGAUGGAAACACGUCUUCGCGCGCUUUUGCAACGUCCAAACCACACAUUGACACAGCAAGAUUGCCCAAAACGACCUCCAGGAAUGGCGCGCAGAAUUCUUUACGCGCGCGUAACGAUCGUGUUCCUUCAUACAUGCUGCCUACGCCAGCUUCAGAAGCACGCAAGACCUCUGCUCUUCACCCGCCAGACGUUCGCCGUAAAACCACAAGUACACCAAAUUUAAACACCUAUCGAGCGUCCGAGACCGCAAGUCCCGAGCCUCCACCUGUUCCCAUCAAAGACCGCAGUGUACCACCCGGCGGUCAAACAAUGGUGUCUGAGACCUAUAGUACUGCUCGAAGUGGCCGCUCAGCGCUUCCGCCUACCUUCUCUCGUAGCAUGACACCCAUAGCCCGUCCCAGUACGGGGCAUCAACUACCAGACCAUGGUACCGUCAAAUCGAAAUCUAGCGCAAAGACAGAAGCGAGCCAACGCGCAUCGAUUGGACAUAUCAGAAUAUCCCGUCACUCGUCACGACCAAUCGAGAUUUCUCGUGAUGGCACUUUCCCACCAACUCGACCUAGAAGUACAUCAAAGGGAAAAUCCGUCUUGAACAAUCUCAAGGGUUUCUUGACUGGCAAAAGAGACGUUUCACCAACUCCUGGUUGUGGCGGCAGGAGAUUCUCGGUGGGAAGCCGCAAAUCAAAGUCGGUUGAGGUCGAGGUACCGGAUGUGCCUGCUAUUCCCACUAUACCCACUAUGCAUACUGUUCCCAAUUUACCUGAGUUGCCCGGGAUGCCGGUUGUACCUCCAAAGCCUGCACCGCCAGAAUCUAAGGAGAAGACCGUUCUGGUUGACAAGAAUGCCACCAGAGAAACUCCUGGAGACGCAUCUUCACAUUGUCGUACAAGCUCGAAGCACAAGGAUGGUGCUAUCGAUUCAAAAUCAGACGCUGACAUGGAAAAGGCAAAAUGCGACACGGUCACGCUAAUGGAGAUGGGGCUUACUCUUCGUCAGGAAGCCUCUAAGGAAGCCGAUCUUGUUCGCAAGGAGCGCAUGACCUCGUUCGCUCAAGUCAUGCUCGAUACAGUUACCAACGCUGUGGAAGCUGAGCGAAACAUGUACGCUGCAAUGCAGGCAGCAGAGCAAGCAAAGCUUUCGUAUAUGAUGACUCAGCAAGGUGUUCAGGAGAUGAACAAACUCGUCUCGACUUCCCGCCAGCUGCCUCUUUUCAAGAAGAACAAGCAAGCUGGCCACAACAUCUGA